AUGACGGCAGCGGGCCCCAGCUUGCACCCGCGCCACAGCACCACGCUCUUUGCGGGAAGGCAGUCCUUGCUGCGAGUCCUCUCCUCCUCGAGGCUGGCAGAGCCCACCUACCACCAGGGCGGGGAGUCUGGCCCUGGAAGGACGCGCUCCCUAACCCUGGAUGGCGAGGGAGGACGCUGGAUUCAUGCCAAGGGCCCUAAGUGCCAUCUUCAAGAGCUGGAACCUAACCCUGCAGGCCAUGGCUACAAAGGCAGCCACAGGCCGAACCCAGACUUGAAGGUGCUGGCCUUCCGGGGCUUUUUUGGCCUGCAUGCUGCUGCAACUGCCUCUGCCAGAUACACCCAGAAGGGUCAUUUCUGCCUUCCAGGAGGUUCCUUUGACACAGAGCCUCCCCCAAGCCCCUCAAGCCAGUACCCCACCAGGGGACGCUACCCAGGCCUUCGCCUCCUGGAUCUUUCCACUGAUGGCUCCAUCGUCACAGGGGAUGAGGGCACCAGCGAGCAGGCCACUGGUAGCUUCCAUCUCCAGGCCAUGGCAGGAAACAGCCAUGGCAGCAUCAAAGCCUUCCAGGGAGGGGUGGCCAGGAGCCGCGCUGAGGAUGGGCGAGGGGACUCUGCCUUCCACGCUGACUGUGGCUUCUCUGCUUGUUUUGCAGGUCCUCCAAAUGUGGAUCAGACAGCUGAGACCUUACGAGCACAGCUGGCUGGUGAGGGCGUUGCAUGGGAGCAGGAGGGAAAUGUCACUGCAUUUGCAGCUCUGGCAGCCGUGCCCCUGGUCCUACCAGCAGCUCCCCAGUCACUGGGAAGCCUGAGCAGGCUGGGCCUGGGACCCCUGGGUUUGGAUGGCAAGCCCGGACUUCCAGGCCCGAAAGGGGAAAAGGGUGCACCAGGAGACUUUGGCCCCCGGGGAGACCAAGGACAAGAUGGAGCUGCUGGGCCUCCGGGGCCCCCUGGACCUCCUGGGGCCCGGGGCCCUCCUGGCGACACCGGGAAAGAUGGCCCCAGGGGAGCACAAGGCCCAAUGGGCCCCAAAGGAGAGCCUGGACAAGACGGCGAGAUGGGCCCGAAGGGACCCCCAGGGCCCAAGGGUGAGCCUGGAGUACCCGGAAAGAAGGGCGACGAUGGGACACCAAGCCAGCCUGGACCACCAGGGCUCCCUGGACCACCAGGGCCCAAGGGCGAGCCAGGGAGCGAGGGGCCUCAGGGCGAGAGUGGCGUGGGUGGUGCCCCAGGACCAAAGGGGGAGCCUGGCCACCGAGGCACGGACGGAGCUGCAGGGCCCCGGGGUGCCCCAGGCCUCAAGGGCGAGCAGGGAGACACAGUGGUGAUCGACUAUGAUGGCAGGAUCUUGGAUGCCCUCAAGGGGCCUCCCGGGCCACAGGGGCCCCCAGGGCCACCAGGGAUCCCUGGAACCAAGGGCGAGCUCGGAUUGCCUGGUGCCCCAGGAAUCGAUGGAGAGAAGGGUCCCAAAGGACAGAAAGGAGACCCAGGAGAGCCUGGACCAACUGGACUCAAAGGGGAAGCAGGCGAGAUGGGCUUGUCCGGCCUCCCGGGCGCUGAUGGCCUCAAGGGGGAGAAGGGGGAGUCGGCGUCUGACAGCCUACAGGAGAGCCUGGCUCAGCUCAUAGUGGAGCCAGGGCCCCCUGGCCCCCCAGGCCCAAUGGUAAGGACAGGCCUCCAGGGAAUCCAGGGUCCCAAGGGCUUGGAUGGAGCAAAGGGAGAGAAAGGCGCGUCUGGUGAGAGAGGCCCCAGCGGCCUGCCUGGGCCAGUUGGCCCACCGGGCCUUAUUGGGCUGCCAGGAACCAAAGGAGAGAAGGGCAGACCCGGGGAGCCAGGACUAGAUGGUUUUCCUGGACCCCGAGGAGAGAAAGGUGAUCGGAGCGAGCGUGGAGAGAAGGGAGAGCGAGGGGUCCCCGGCCGGAAAGGAGUGAAGGGCCAGAAGGGCGAGCCGGGACCACCGGGCCUGGACCAGCCGUGUCCUGUGGGCCCCGACGGGCUGCCUGUGCCUGGCUGCUGGCAUAAGUGACCCACAGGCCCAGCUCACACCUGUACAGAUCUGUGUGGACAUUUUUAAUUUUUGUAAAAACAAAACAGUAAUAUAUUGAUCUUUUUUCACGGAAUGCGCUACCUGUGGCCUUUUAACAUUCGAGAGUGUGCCCACCCAGCCCCAGAGCCACUGGCGUGUGAAGCUGCUGGAAAGUGGACAGGCCAGACCCGGGAGAUGUAUACCUGAGGGGCACCCUCGGGCCUGGGCUUUCCCAGGAAGGAGAUGACGGUAGAAGCACCUGGCUCGGGCAAGGCUAGAAAGAUGCUACGUUGGGCCUUCAGUCACCUGAUCAGCAGAGAGACUCUGAGCUGUGUAAGAACCUGCCCCCAAACACUCUGGAGUCCCUGGGACACCCCCUGUCCAAGAAGACCCAGGGGUGGAACAGCGGCUGCUGCUCCCGGCCUCACCAGCCUCCCAACUCAACCACAACCAGCUGCCUCUACAGUUGGACAAGACUCGCCCAGCACUUGCAGCUGGGCCCGGGGAGCAGUGAGUGAAAAUCCCCCAAGAGGGUCUAGCUCCUACUGCAUUCAGUCGGCCUCGGGAGGCCAGCCUGCCCUGAGAACACAUGUCCUCUGGCCCGAAGCAGUGGCUGAGCUGUGAUCUCUGUGAUGUGGACCCAGCUCCAGGGGGCAGAGUGUCGGGGAGGGAGGGGCCCAGGCUGGACUGACUGCUCCUUCCUGUGUCUGUUUCCAUAUCACCCAGAGAGAGACGAGAUGGGACAUGGCCUGGCCCAGGGAGGCAGGCCUCCCACUCAGAGUCUGGGUCUCACUGGCCCCAGGUCUGUCACCCAGAACUCUGGCCAAAAAUGGCUCUCUAGGUGGGCUGUGCAGGCAAAGCAAACCUCAGGCUGGUUCGCAGCUGUCCUGAGCAAAGGGCCUGCCACCAGACCCACCCACGCUCUGACGAGAGGCGUUUCCACCUCCAGCAAGUGUUCCCAGCAGCCAGCUCCAUCCUGGCUGCUUGCCUUCCAUUUCUGUGUAGAUGGAGAUCACUGUGUGUAAUAAACCACAAGUGUGUGUCUG